AUGAAAGAAAAUAAUAAUAUAAAUAAAAAAUUAAAAAAAAAAAGAAAAAGAAAAAAUAGAGAAUUUUCCUAUCUUUCAUUAAAAAAAGAAAUUGCAAAUUUAUAUGAGAAGGAAAAAAAAAUUCUGUUACAAAAUCAAAAUGGGAAUAUAUUGACGGAAAAUACAGAUAUAAAUAGUUUGAUAGAAAAUCCAAAAUACCAAGCCACUUUAUUUAAUAAAAAUGAAAUGCUAAAUAAUUUAAAUAGUAAUGAAGUUAUUAAAGAAAAUUUGAAUUUUAGACAAAAAAAAAAAAAAAAAAAAAAAAAAAAAGUUUUAUAUAAUCGUAAAAAUAGCAUGCAAAAGAAAAAUGUAAAUGGUUUAAUUAAACUUUUCUCUAAUGAGAAUAAAGAUGUAAGUAAAAUAUGUAUUAGUAAUAAUAAUAUUAAAAAUGAAAAAGGAAGUAUUAUAUAUAAUUCAAAUGUAGAGAGUAAAUGUAAAAAAAAAAACAAUUCAAAAAAAAGUAGUAAAGAAGAUAACAAUUUAAUAAAUGAAUUACUACACAUUAUUAUUACAAAAAGUAAAAUAAAAAAAAUUAAAAAGAAAUUAUUAGAAAACUGCUUAGUAAAUUUUGUUAGUUCAAAUAUGGUAAGAUAUGUUAUACGAAAAUCUAAAAAAGACAUUGACCUUCAUAUUCUUAAAACAUUUUUAGUUAAUAAUGUUGAUAUAAAAAAUUUAAAUUGUACUAUUGUAUCUAGAAGAAAAGUUGAAAAGUUAACUAAUUAUAUAUUUCCUAAAAAAAAAAUCAAAUCAAUUGAAAUUGUUUUAUCUCAAAUAUUUAAAACAAAUUCUAUUAAAAAGAAUUUUUUAGAAGAGUUUAAAAAAAUAAUUAUAUCGGAAAAUGAUUAUUUAUCAAGUGUUAAAAUGGUAUCUUUUUAUCUUCUAAAAAAUGAAAAAAAAAAUACAGAUAGUUAUAAAAAAAUUACAAAAAUAUAUGAAACAAGUAUAGAACUUUUAAAAAAAAAAAUAGAAAAUAAAGAAAAUACAGAAACUAUAGAAAAUAGAAAUGAUAAUUCUAAAAAAAAAAAAAACGAUAAAAUAAUAAAAUAUCAUGAUUAUAUUUAUGAAAAUAACGAAGAACUGGUUGAUAAAAAGAGUGAGCAAGAAGAAGAAGAAGAAGAAGAGGAAGAGGAAGAAGAAGAGGAAGAAGAAGAAGAAGAGGAAGAAGAAGAAGAGGAGGAAGAAGAAGAAGAAAAAGAAGAAGAGGAAGAAGAAGAAGAAGAAGAAGAAGAAAAAGAAGAAGAGGAAGAAGAAGAAGAAGAAGAAGAAAAAGAAGAAGAGGAAGAAGAAGAGGAAGAGGAAGAAGAAGAAGAAGAAGAAGAAGAAGAAGAAGAAAAAGAGGAAGAAGAAGGAGAUGAAAAAGUAGAACAAAAACAUGAAAAAGUGGAAGAACAAAAACAUGAAAAAGUGGAAGAACAAAAACAUGAAAAAGAGAAAGAACAAAAACAUGAAAAACAGAAAGAACAAAAACAUGAAAAACAGAAAGAACAAAAACAUGAAAAAGAUAAAGAACAAAAACAAGAAAAAAAGAAUAAAAAAAUAUUUUAUAGUGAAAAUCAAACACAGAUAAAUAAUUUAUUGUCAAAUAUAAAUAAUUACAAAAAUACCAUAGAUGUAAAACAAUCAUUGAAAAAUAAAAUAGAUAUAUCAUAUAUUUUGAAAUUAGUAAAUGAAGAAAUAAAUGAAAAAGAUAUGCAAAUAAAAAAUCUAAAAAAUCAUGUAAAUUUAAUAGAGAAUGAUAUUAAAUUAUUAUUUGAAAAAAAUAAAAUAAUGGAAAAAAAAAUUGAGGAAAUGGAAAUGAAUGCAAAAAAAAAUAGUUUACAAAAUAUUUUAGAAAAAUCAAAAAAGGAUAUGUUUGUUAAGCAAAGUGAUAUUAUUUUCAAUAUUUAUGAAAAAGCUCAUUUACACUUUAGUGAUAUUAAGGAAUUAAAUGAUAAAACAGAUUAUACGAGUAACUUAAAUGCAAAAAUAAAUAAAAAUCCAUUUAAUUUUGCUGAAAAUGUGUCUUUUGAUCAUAUAAAUGAAAAUUCACUUAAAAUUUUAAGUGUCAAUGAUAUAGUUAAUUUGAAAAAAAAAAUGAACAAAUUUAUGAAAUUACUGAAAUUAAGUACUUCAAAAAACAGUGAUACAAUUGAUACUAAAAUGAAAAAAGAAUUAAACUUAGAUUGCAUAAAUAAUGAAAUUGAUAAACUUAUCUAUUUAUUAGAAAAUGAUAAAAAUGUUAUUGAAAGAAAUAAGAUAAGUAAAUCUCUUAAAAAUGAUUAUAUUUUAGGCAUAAAGAAAAAUAAAAGUGAAUCAACUAUUAUUAAAGGAAAAAAAAAAAAUAGUACUCAAAUACAAAAAGUAAUCGAACAUAUAGAUAAAAAAGAAGAAGAAAAAAAUAAUAAAAUACAAAAAGUUACAGAAAUAAAAAAAAAAAAAAAAAAAUUAGAAAAAAACUCUAUAAUCAAUAACGAAAAAAAUUCAAAAAAUUAUAAUGAUGUAAAUUCUUUGAACUAUUCUUUGAAAAAAAAUGAAAAUAUUUUUGAAAUUCAGAAGAAAAAUAAAUCUAAUAAUAUAAAAAAUAACAAAAAAUAUAUAUCUAUUAGUAGUUCUAGUGAGCAUGUUGAUGAACAUUUAAAAAAUGAAUAUAAUGACAACAAAAAAGAAUAUAAAAGAAAUAAUCUUUUGAAUAAUUUAAACUUUUUUAUGAAUUCAGUUGACAAUAAAAUACAUAAAAAAAUUAUAUCAUUAGAUAAUAUUAACAAAAAGGAGAAAAAAUAUUUGAAAAGUGAUAUUUCUGAUGACUCUUCUUUUAAUAAUGAAAAAACAUACAAAAGAAAAAAUUAUUUUCAAAAAUUUAUGAGCUAUUGUAAUGAUAGUGAACAAGAUAAAAAUAAGGAAAAUUUAAAUAAUGAAAAACAUAAUAAAUUAAAUAAUAAAUAUCUUGAUAGUAAUGAAAGUAGCGAUGAUAAAAUAAAUGAAAAAUUAAAUUCAAGUAAUUUAAAAAAUAAUUUAUAUAAUGAGAGUGUAUCAGAUAUAAACAAAAAUGUAUCUAAUGAAAUUUCAUAUAGCAAUAAAAAACAAAAAGGAAAAAAAAAAAAUAAAAUUAAAGGCAAAAAAAAAAGAAAGAAUAAAAAAAAAAAUAAAAGAUAUGAAAAAUAUGAAGAAAAUAUCAGUAAGAUUAUUCAUUUAAAUAAAAAGAAUAAAAGAAAUAAGGAAGAUAUAAGAAAAGACAAGCUCAUAAUUUAUGCAAAUAAAAAAAAUGAUAGAUAUGAAAAGAAUAUAGAAAAAGAUAAGCAUAUCGCUUAUAUAAAUAAAAAAAAUAAAAGGAAUGAAGAGAAUAUAGAAAAUGAUAAACAUAUGAUUCAUUUAAAUAAAUUGAGUGAAAAUGUAACUGAUGAUAGUGGUGACAGUGUUGUUUAUAACUAUAAUUUAUAUAAUGCUAUAGAUGAUUUAAAUGCUCAAUUUUCAAAUGUUGUGAAGAACAUCCGUUUGGAUAGAAAUAUUCAAAAAGUUAAAAGUAUAUAUCAAAGUGAUAAAGCAAAAAAAAAUGAAAAGAAUUUAACAAUAAAUUCUUCACCAACUAGAGAUGAUAUUGACAAUUUUCGUUUUCAGUUUAAUCAAGUAAAAAAUGAUUAUAAUUUUAUUGAAGUUUUACCAAACGAUAAAAAAAGAGAAAAAAAAAAAAAUAUAUAUGAUGAAUAUAUAACUCAAGAAAAAGCUAUUGAAGGAAUUAUUAAAAAAAAAUAUAUAAGAGGUAUAUUAAGUGUGAGAAAACAUGAUUACGGGUUCAUAAUUUAUAAUAAUCAAAAAAUUCAUAUAAGAUCUAAAAAAGAUAUGAACAGAGCAAUAGAUGGUGAUUCAGUUGUAGUUAAGUUAAAAAAAGAUAAAGAAAAUGAAAUUAGUGGAAAAAUUGUUUAUAUUGAAGAACAUCAUGGGUCAAAUAUACAAUAUGUUUGUAUUUUUAGAGAUAAGAUAAAAAAUCAGAAAUUUAAUUUUGCUAUUCCUUUUAAAAAAAAUAUACCUUUAAUAAAAGUGUUAAAUGAACAUAUUAUUGAAUUUAUGAAAAAGUAUCAUAUAGAGGAUAUAAGUAAUCAGUUAGUUUAUAUUAAAGUGUUUAGAUGGAACUCUAAUGAAACCUUUCCAGAAGGAAAAAUUGUAGAAAUAUUAGGGCAAAAUGAUAUAUUUCAUAAUAUGCAAAAUGCAAUUUUAUUAAAUCAUAAUUUAAAUUUUAAUUUAAAAGAUGCCUUAGAAGAUCAACAUUUAAGAGAACUAAAAGAUAAAAAUACUUACAAAAAUAUAAUAUCAAAUGAAAUAAAGAAAAGAAUUGAUUUAACAAAAAAAUGCAUUUUUACAAUUGACCCAGAAACAGCAAGAGAUUUAGAUGAUGCUAUUAAUAUUAGUAAAAUAAGUAGAAAAAAAAUUAUUAAUUGCAAUUACUAUAUUCAAAUUAUUCAUAAUUUAAUUGUUCAUAAUGGGGAAAUUGAAGAAUGUAUUUUAAAGAAAAAUCUUUCUUUAUUUGUAAAGGAUGAUAACAAUUUUUUUGAUAACUUGAAAAGUAAUAAAUAUAUAAAAGAAAUGGAACACAUAAAACAUGAUAAUUUUAUGAAAGAAAAAACUGGGGAAGAAAAUAAAAAAAAAAAAAAAAAAUCUGACAAAACAGCUUUUAAAAUUUUAACAAAAAAAUAUGAAAAAAAAAUAAAAGCUCAUCAAAACAUUAACUAUGAUAUAAAUAAUGAAAGUUUUGAAAAAAAUAAACUUUGCAGAGAAGUGAAAAAAAAAAAAAGAGAAAGUAGUGAUGAAAAUAAUAACUCUAUUAACAUUAUGAAUCAUAUUAUGAAUGAAAAAUCAAUUAAAAUGAAUAAUUAUAGUGAAGAUACUAAUAAAGAUAAUAAUAAUAGUAAGAAUAGUAACGAUGAAGGUUUUUUUCAUAUUUCUAAUGAUUGUGUUAACACAGAAUCAGAUACAGAUAAUAUUUUAGAUGAUAUUUAUGAAUUAAAAGGAACACGUAAAAGAAAACAUAAAAUUUCUAAAAAUGAAAAAAGGCAAAAGAAAAAAAUUUAUACAGAAAAUUUUUGUAAUAUUUUUAGUGAAGAUUCAGGGGAUGAUAUUUAUGAUAGAUAUAGAGAAAAUGAAGAUUUUUUCUAUUGUAAAAUAAAGUCAGAAAGUGAUACUGAUAAUGAAAAAAAAAAAAAUAAUAAUAAUAAAAGAAAAAAAAAAAAAGAAAACAAAAUAGAUAUAUUUAAUUAUGUUUCAAAAUCGAAUAAUGAUUCUGGAGAGGAGCAAAAGAAGGAAGAAAGUGAAGAAGGAAAAGAAGAAGAUGAAGAAGAGGAAGAAGAAGAGGAAGAUGAAGAAGAGGAAGAAGAAGAAGAGGAAGAGGAAGAAGAAGAGGAAGAAGAAGAAGAGGAAGAGGAAGAAGAAGAGGAUGAGGAAGAAGAAGAAGAAGAGGAUGAGGAAGAAGAAGAAGAAGAGGAUGAGGAAGAAGAAGAAGAAGAAGAAGAAGAAGAGGAAGAGGAAGAAAAAGAAAUAGAAGAAGAGGAACAAAAACAGAAAGGAAAAAUACAAAAAAAAGAAAAAUACAAAAAAAAGAAGGAAUUGCUUAAUAAUAAUAAAGCUGAAAAAAAUAAAAAAAUAUACGAAGAAAAGAAUAAAAUGAAAAAAUUCCAGAAAAUUUUUUUAGAUAACAGUGAUUAUGAAUGUUUUUUUAAUAGUGAAAUAAAAGGAAAAAGAAAAAAUAAAAAAGAAAAAUUUUCAGAGAAUUAUGAAUUUUUUUUUAAAAAAGAGUGUGAUAAAGAUAUAGGUUAUAAUUUAUUUGAUAAUCAUGAUUUAUUUUGUGAAAAAUGCAAACAAAUUAUAAAAUUAGAUGAUAUUAUAAAAGAAAUGAAAGAAGAAAAAUGGAGAAAGUAUAAUUUAUAUGAAGUAGGUGUUCAUAUAACAGAUGUAUCAUUUUUUAUAAAAGAAAAUUCUUCAUUGGAUAUUGAUGCACGUAAUAGAGCAAUGACAAUUUAUUUAACUCAUACAUGUUUUCCAAUGAUUUCUAAAAUAUUAAGUGAAGAAUUAUGUAGCUUAGAUCCUUUAAAUAAUCGUUUGUGUUUAUCUAUUUUUUUUUACAUGGACAGUACAGGUAAAAUUGAUCACAAUUCCUUUUUUAUUAAAGAAAGUAUAAUAAAUAGUAAAGUAAAAUUUACCUAUGAAGAAGUUUAUUUAAUUAUUAGAAAUUACAUAAAAUUAAAAAAAAUAGUAAAUAAUUUAAAAAAAGAACAAUUUGAACUCUUUAAAAAUAAGAAAAACAAUAAUUCUAUUCUUGAAGAUGUAGAUAAAAAUACUAAAAAUAAUGAUAAUAAAAAUGAUCAUGAUAAUGAUAAUGAUAAUAAUAAUGAUAAUAAUAAUGAUAAUAAUAAUUAUAAUAAUAAGGAUAAGGAUAAUGAUAAUAAUAAUGAUAAUGAUAAUAAUAAUGAUAAUGAUAAAAGAGAAUAUAUUAAUAAAAAAAAUAAUAUUUAUAAAAAAUUCUUAAAUACUCAUUUUUACAAUAAUAUUAAUAAUAAUGAUUCAUAUAUAUACCAUAGUAAAGAAGAUUUAACUACAAUACUGAAAAAAGAAUUUAAUGAAGAUAAAAAGACAAAUAGCGAUUUUAAUUUUUGUAAAAAUUUUCAUUUAAAUGAAAAAAAUAAUUCUUUGGAUAAUUUGGGAAAUAAGCAAGAAGCUAAAUAUGAUAAUAAUAAUGUUAUUUUAAAAAGUGUAAAUAGUUUAAUAAAUGAAAAAAUAUUGAAAAAUAGUAAAGUUAAAAAAAAUAUAAAGAUAUUAAUAAAAAUAUUUAAAAACUUAAGUAACUCAAAACAUAAUUUAUCAAAUAAGGAAAUUUUUACUAUUAUAAAAAAUUUAUAUGAAAUGCAUAAAAUAACAAAAGGAGCAAGAGAAAUUAGAAGAAAAAAUGGGUCACUAUUAUUUAACAAUGAUAAAAUUAAUUUUAUUUUAUCGGAUGCAUGUAAUCCAAUAGGGAUAGUUAGAAAACAGUACACUUUUUCUAAUUAUAUGAUUGAGGAAUUGAUGUUAAGUGCGAAUAAAUUAAUAGCUAUUCGUCAAUACUUUAGUAAAUAUAGAGAUAUAUCGGUUUUUCGUUCACACAGUUUAGAUAAUGCAAUAGAAGUUUCUGAUAUAAUUGAAUUAUUAAAAAAACAUGGAAUUCAUUUUAAAGUUUGCGAUUUGAGACAUAUUUUAAAAUUUCUAGAUGAUAACAAAAAAAUUUUUAAACAUGAAAAAAAAAAUAUUUUUGAUGUUGUUUGUACAUAUGUAAAAAAAAAAAUGAUUAGAGCAGAAUAUCAUACCUUUAAAUUUAUAAAAGACAAUAAUAUGAGCACAUAUCAUUAUGCUCUUUCCUUUUUAUUAUAUACUCAUUUUACUUCACCUAUUAGAAGAUAUCCUGAUAUUUUAGUUCAUCGUAUUAUAAAAAAAAUUAUUUAUGACGAAGAUAAACUUAAAAAAAAUAUCCACACAGAAGAAGAAAUCUUGAAAACUGUAGAAACAUCUGAUAUUGGAAUAAUAGAAAAAAUCUGUGAAAAUUGUAAUAAUUGUAAAGCAAAAUCUAAAAAAGCACAAAUAGAUUGUGAAAUAGCAUUUUUUUGUUUGUAUUUGCAAAAGCUUGAUUAUCCAGGAUAUAAUAGGGGAAUAAUUAUGGAUAUAUAUAAGGAAAAAUCUUCUAUUUAUUUCAAAUCAUUUUCAUUUGAAAAUAAUUUGUACCAUUCUAACCAUGAAAAGCAUUUUCAUAAAAUGAAUAAAGAACAUAUUAAAUAUGUUACUAACUACGUAAUCCAUCCAAAUAUUACGAAACAAGAAUUUACACUUGUUCUCUAUAAUAAGAAUACAAACAAAGUAAGAUUACGAAGGGUGUAUAAGGUAUUUAAAUAA